AUGGCUUUGGCAGCAGCAGCAGCAGGAGGAUACUUUGCAUUUGGUUUUCGAAGCAUUCAAGUUAUUCAAGUUAGACUUCGAAAACCAGAUUAUAAACCUCCUUUUAGCAGAGCAAGUAAGAUUCCUCGUACAGAUGCUGGCUUUCGUGUUACUGAUGGUAAUAUUGCUGCUAUUGAUUUUGGUACUACAUCAGUUUCAAUUGCCUUCAUUACAAAAGGAGAUGAAAAAGUUAACACGCUCACACUUGACAAUGAAGACCAGUCUACUCGUGUUCCUAAUGCUGUCCUUUUGAAAAAAGAUGAUGGCAAAAUGAAAGUAGAGGCUUUUGGAAGUAUAGCUCGAAAAAAAUUUACCUCAAUGAGAUUAAAUGAACAUCACACUCAUGUCUACUUUGAGAGAAUCAAGAUGUUAAUGAGAAGAGAAAAGGCAGUUGAUAGAGAUACAGUAGUUGAGUCAUUUUCUGGCAAUAAGUACUAUCUCGUUGAAGUCAUUGCAUUUAUACUGAAGUACCUGAGAGAUCUACUGAUUGCUCAUUUCUCGUGCACUGUUAAGCCAUUGAAGACAACUGAUUUUGAUUGGGUCAUUACUGUACCUGCUAUAUGGGAUGCACGAGGAAAAAGAAUGAUGAGAGAAGCUGCUUAUCUGGCUGGUCUACUGACAGAACAUGAUGGUAUCACUAAGUUCACUCCAGUGUCUCGUCGCUCUUUGCCUCUUCCAGAUGAAGUUAAUCCUGACAGGCUAUCGUUAGCACUAGAGCCUGAAUCAGCAGCUCUUUAUAGCCAAGAAACAGUGGGAGAUCAGAUAAAAAGUGAUCCAGCCACAUCAAUUAUUCCACGUCCAUCAGAUUACAUGGUGAUAGAUGCUGGUGGGGGUACAAUAGAUAUCACAGCUCACAUUGAAGUCAAUGGUAGUAUUGUAGUUGAGAAUAUACCAACCGGCAAUGCAUGGGGUGGUACACAGAUUAAUGAAGCUUUCUCUAAAAUUCUUGAAGGUAUAGUUAAUGAUCCUGGAUUUGAAAAGUUUUUAGCUUCUGGAGACCGAUCUCAAAAUAUGGCUGAUGUCAUUAAAAUUUUUUACACUGAAUUUGAAAGUGAGAAGUUGCUCUUUGGAAAGGAACAAACAGAAGAAAUUCGUAUUUCAUUACCAAAUCGUUUUGUUAGGUUUCAUGAUAAAAACCUCCAGGCUGGUAUCAAGAGAAGAAGUGGUAUCGAUUAUGAAGAUGAUACACUAUACAUCUCCAAAGAAGUAGUGGAAUCUGAGUUGUUUGGCCCAGCACUUAAUGGUAUAAUAGAGUGCACUUUGGAAGCUAUCAAAGCAAAUGAUACCGAUCUUAGCACCUUCUACUUGGUUGGUGGGUUUGGAGGCUGUAAGUAUGUACAUAAAAAGGUCAAAGCUGCUAUAGAAAAAAAAAUGUCUUAUUGCAAUGCCAAUGUCAUAGUACCUCCUACUCCUCAAUUAGCUGUUGCUACAGGAGCUGUUACGUGGCGUAAGAAUCCAGAGAAGAUUAAAGCAAGACGAUCUGAUGCUACAUAUGGAAUAGGAGUAUCUUCACCAUUUAAAGACGAUCAGCAUGAUGAGUAUUACAAGUUUUACAAUGACGAGCAAGAAAAUUACAAAUGUGCUGAUGUUUUCAGUGUGUUUCUAGAAAAAGGAGAGCUGGUGCAAGCAGAUCAAGUUAUUACAACAAGUUUGACACCAGGUUAUCAAUCAGAAGAACAAGCCACCAUUGGUAUCUAUUCUACUCCUAAUCUUGGGGUUCAAUACAUCAAAGAUAAAAAUGGUAAAAGCACAGUCAUAAACAUUGGUCAAUUAGUUAUUGAUAUUCCUAAUCCUGAUAAUGUACCAAGAAAUGAGCGUGACAUUGACAUCACUAUGGAUUUCAGUGGUACAGAGAUUCAAGCUAAAGCAAAGUAUCGUAUUACUGGAGAAGAAGUUAAAACUGUUUGUGACUUUCUUUCUGCUCAACAAACUUAG